AGACCCGCCCUGCCUGGUAUUACGCGUGCGCACUGGCGGACCUGAUCCCGGAAGAUCACACGCCUGCGCGGUGGGGACUACGGGGGACAGGGUCUGUGUUGACGCGCGGACCAAUCAUGGCGGAACCUUGGUCUGUGCAGUCCUUGCAGGCUUUGCCCGCAACAGUGGUGGGCGCACUGGGAGCCUUGGGCAGUGAGUUCUUGCGGGAGUGGGAGGCGCAGGACAUGCGCGUGACCCUCUUCAAGCUGCUACUGCUGUGGUUGGUGUUAAGUCUCCUGGGCAUCCAGCUGGCUUGGGGGUUCUACGGGAACACGGUGACCGGGUUGUAUCACCGCCCAGGUCUGGGCGGCCAGAAUGGAUCCACACCUGAUGGCUCCACGCAUUUCCCUUCGUGGGAAAUGGCAGCAAAUGAACCUCUCAAAACCCACAGAGAAUAAGAGAAUAAGGGAAUGCAGCAGCAGAAAGGUCUCCAGAGGCAUCACUGGGAGAGCUGGAUUCUACUUUUUUUUUUUUUUUUUUUUUUUUU